AUGAAAAAGAAAAAAGAGAAUCCGCAGAAUACACCAACAGCAACAUCAAUGGCAGAGUCAGACUGGUCUUCACUCCCAAAGGAGCUUCUACAUCUGAUAUCCCAACGACUCGACGUUGAACUCGAUCUCAUUCGUUUCCGAUCAACUUGUUCCACAUGGCGCUCUUCUUCCUUACCAAUUCCCAAUCUAACCCUCAAGUUUCCACACCCCUAUCAAUCUUCCAUCAACAACACCACUCAAUUUCACUCUCUCUCCAAACGCUCUUUCUUCCUCAUCAAACCACCACUUCAACGCCCUUGGUUGAUCAAAAUUACUCAAAACCCUAACGGUAAAACCAAACUCUUACACCCACUCCUCUCAUAUCAAUCAUCUCAUCCUCUUCAUUUCCCUCACGCUCUUGAUUUUAGUGAACUUUAUGUACUUGAAUUAGGAAAUGAUUACAUUAUUGACAGCGAACAAAUAUUACCAUGUGACUAUGUUUACCCUGAAAAGAUCGUUGCUGUCACGUGCAAAGAAAAAGGUCCUCUUGUUAUUGGCACAUUUAUCUCUACCAAGAAAUCAGUAUCGUUGAAAACCAACGGAGAUGAAAUUUGGUGUGUGAUUACUGAUAUGUCUAUAAACUUGGUUGACAUCUGCGUUUUCAAAGGGCGGCCUUAUAUGAUAGAUGGAAUUGUGGAGAGUGAGGGUGCGUUGCUGCGAGUGGACAUCUAUGAGUGUUUAGGUUUUGAUUACUCCGGUAAGGAUGUUUUAAGGAUUAAUGUGUUUAGGUUUGAUGAGAAGGAGUGUAAAUGGGCUGAUUUGAUGAGUUUGGGAGAUAGGGUUUUGUUUUUGGGGAAUGGAUGUUCGUUUUCUGCUUCUGCUUCGGAUUUGUGUGUUUCUAAAGGGAAUUGUGUCAUCUUUAUUGAUGAUGCCUUCCUCAAUUUUAAUGGUAAAAACAUGCAAUAUGGGAACUGUGUUUUUGACUUGGAUCAAGGAAAGCUUUCGCCUUUGUCUGAUUGUCCUGACUAUUUUAACUUGUUCUGGCCACCUGCAGAGUGGAUCGGCGAAUGUUGCGUUCCUAAAUGA